AUGGCUGACUCUCACUUGUCUGGCACCUUAGGGAGCUAUAAUGGCAGCUCCACCAGCACCAGCGCCUGGAACAUCACCGGCAGCGGCCCUUGGUUGUUAGCUUUUAUGCUGACCAUCAUCAUCCUCAUGACCGUCUGUGGCAACAUGUUGCUCAUUGCGUUGGUGUUUGCCCAUCGCUCUCUGCGCUGCACCUCAAACUGCUUCCUGGUGUCUCUGUUCUUCUCCGACCUAAUGGUGGCAUUGGUGGUCAUGCCCCCAGCUAUGCUCAACGUUCUGUGCGGGGCCUGGGUGCUGUGGCCUGCAUUUUGCCCAGUUUGGCUUUGCUUUGAUGUGAUGUGCUGCAGCGCGUCCAUCCUGAACCUGUGUGUGAUCAGCCUGGACCGGUACCUCUUCAUCAUCUCGCCCCUGCGCUACAAGCAGAGGAUGACCCCACCUCGGGCGUUAAUCCUUGUAGGGGCUGCUUGGGGGCUGGCAGCGUUGGCUUCCUUCCUGCCCAUUCAGAUGAAAUGGCACAGCUUGGGCCACAGGAGGUCACCUUCAGGUGGCCUUUCCUUCCAGUGUCGUCUGCGUGUGACCCUGCCCUUUGCUCUGGUGGCAUCUGUGCUCACCUUCUUUCUGCCCUCCAGUGCCAUUUGUUUCACCUACUGCCGGAUCCUUCUGGUGGCACGCAGGCAGGCGAAGAGGGUGGCGGCGCUGAGCCACCCGCCUCACCCGCACCCUUCUCUCGGGGAACCCUCCCGGCCUCCUUCGCCGGGCAUUGCAGCAGGGCAAGCUCAGCAGGACGGAGAUGACUGCAGCCAUUUGGAGCCUCCUGUGUCACAAAACAUGCCGCCGUCAGUGAACAGCGAGCGUCGCCUGGCUCACAGGCAGGGUCGGAGGGCACUCAAGGCCAGUCUGACUCUGGGAGUCCUCUUGGGACUCUUCUUCAGUGCUUGGCUGCCUUUCUUCAUCACCAACAUGGCUGAGGCAGUGUGUGAGUGCGUCCCCCUUGCGCUCUUUGACGCCAUAACCUGGCUGGGCUACUGCAACAGUACGAUCAACCCCAUCAUCUACCCGCUGUUCAUGAGAGACUUCAAGCGAGCUCUGGGGAAGCUGUUGCCUUGCUGUUCUUCGCGGUCGCCCCGAAGACCCUCACCGGCGCUCUCGCUCUCUCUGCGUAACUCGGGAGAGCCCAACAUUGCCAGCAACCCACCCUCACCUCUGGCUUCUGACCCCACGCACCCGCCCGCCACCGCCACUGAUGCCGUCAAUCUGCUGGAUGCCGAGCACGCUGGGCUUGAGUUGCCUCUCCUUCUCCCCAACCAGGUUGACACUCUGGACUGA